UGAUCUAUCUUGUUAUACGAGACCAGCAGGGCAGUGGCAGAAAUAUGUCAUUUGAGGCACUCUGGGCAACAUUGGUGUAGCCCACAACUAUGUUCGUGGAAUAGACAGUUCCAGUGUUUCCUGGAGUGCCCCAACCUACUACCCAAAUGUUGAUCGGCCUCUAAGUUUCAGGCACUGUCUUAAAUGGUAAGAUAGCUUUUAAACCCCUCAACCCUUGCUCUUUCUUCCCUUUUCUCCUACCCUUUGCCCUCCCUCUAAAGUGAAAAUGUUAAGUGGUUGUUUCUUUGGGUAAAUCAUAUGUGCAGUUCUUGUCCGUCGCUGAUGCUGGGAGACAGACUUUCCCAACACUUGAGCUGCUGGUUGCAACAAGGGCAUCAGGAACUCUCGACAUAAAUCCUUUUUAUCCACAUGGAUAAUCCAAGAUGUCAGCUACUAAGACUGGAUAACUCAGUGUUUUUGCAUUUGCCAUGAAACGUCUUCUGCCUGUCUUGUUGCUUCACUGUAGUGAAGAGAAUCAUUUGGGGAUGGGUAUCGAAGUAAAAAUUCCAGAUUGUAACAAACUUGUAACUUAUGAAACAAUGACAUAAUUUAAAAAUUGGAAUAAUGAAUCUAAAGGUCAUAUUUCUGCUGACUGAACUCUCUGGUACUGUGAUCUGUUUGGUGGAGAACCUAUUUUGACUUUUCUUUUCUGUACUCUUUUAAUCAAAGGGUAGCCUCUGAGGGUAAGUGACUAAGACUUCUCCUCUGCUGCCCAAGCGCUAUGGUGCAGGGAUAACUGCGUCUUCAGUCAAACCAAAGCAGGCUCUACAAAGAGAAGGCUGACUCUAGACAGAAACCUUGUUGAAAUGGGACAUUUGGAAACGAUACUGUCAUAUGCCAGAGAAGAGGAGAUCUGUUUGAAUACUGAACCGUCCUCUGCACUGAUGAUUCCAAAUACCUGGAUUUCUUCCACGACUAGCUUUUUGCAUCACAAAUGGAUUCUGUCUUGGAUGCUGUCUCACUAAUGGAAAAUGGACAGGUUCCAAAAACUUUCCAGUGGAAAUGGGUACACGCUGAAGUGGAUUGCAUUUCUCCGGAGAACUUCAGCAGGAUCGGCAACUUUGAACACUAGCUUUGAGUUUGCAUGCUUCUCUGCACUCUGGGAUUGAGCCUAGAUUUCUAUUACUGAGUUCUUUACAGAUUAUAUGUGGUCUCUACAAAAACAUUUGUUUUUGCAUGAGAGCAGGCCAGUAGAUCUAGAGGGAAAAGUAAAGUUAAAAUUGGUUCUCUUUCAUAACUGAUUUGUCUGACAGCCAGUCAGAAACUUAUUCCCAACCACGUAUCCAUCCCCUUGAAGAAAUUUUUCUAACGUCUCUUCAGAUUUACAGGAGUAUAGCAUUUGAGCUUAGUAAUAGAAUGCACAGAGAAGUAGUUACUGUAGAAUUGAAGAGAAUAGAACAGAGAGGCAUUCUGCAGGGGGUUGCAAUUGUUCCCUUAUUGUGUCUUCCAGGAAUUACAUGAAUGACAGUCUACGAACAGAUGUCUUUGUAAGAUUCCAGCCAGAAAGUAUUGCUUGUGCCUGUAUCUACCUUGCAGCUAGAACAUUGGAGAUCCCACUUCCUAAUCGUCCUCACUGGUUUCUGCUGUUUGGAGCAUCAGAGGAGGAAAUUCAAGGGAUUUGUAUAAAAAUCCUUCAGCUAUAUACUCGGAAAAAGGUUGACUUGUCUUAUCUGGAAAGCAAAGUAGAAAAGAAAAAACUAGCCAUUGAAGAGGCAAAAGCACUAGCUAAAGGUCUGCUACCCGACAAGACUCCCAAUUUGGAGAACACGUCAGGGUUUUCCCCUGUUCCUAAAAAUGAAUCUCCAAAAGAAGGUAAAGGAAAUAAACCUUCCCCACUUGCUGUGCAGGCGAUGAAGAAUGCCAAAAGAAAAAUGGAUGGAACAAAAAGAAUGAAUUCCAACAGCCCAGUGAAUGGCAUUCAGAAAGGAAGGGAGAGCAGAAGUGGAAGCAGAAGUCGAGAGCAGAGUUAUUCAAGAUCACCAUCUAGAUCAGCAUCUCCUAAGCGCAGAAAAAGUGAAAGCUACUCAACAUCGAGUGGUUCCAAAUCCCACAGCCGCUCCAGGAGUCGCAGUGAUUCUCCCCCAAGACAGUUCAACCAUAGUGCUAGUUACAAAGGCUCUAAAAUGAGGAGUUACAAAAAGUCAAAGGACUACAAAUAUUCGACACACAAGCCAAGGAAGUCCCGCAGCAGGAGCUCCUCACGUUCCCGGAGCCACUCACGAGAGCGUUCUGAUCAUUCUGGGAAGUACAAGAAGAAAAGUCACUACUAUAGAGAGAGACAUGAGCGUUCCCACUCCUAUGAGCGUACGGGUCAUCGUUAUGACCGAGACCACCCUGGCCACAGCAGGCAUAGGAGAUGAGCGCUACAAAGGGUUCUCUUCUGUCCUUUGGGAUUCAGAGUGGAGCCCAGUUUCCCCCAUUUUUCCCUUGCAGCAUAGGGUUCGCCUGGGUCUAAACCACUUAGCGUCAGUAAUCUUUUCUAACCCUGUGCUUGUUAGCAUGAAUCCAAAUACAAAGACCCUGAACAGACAUGAUGAUGUGGACGACUUGAUCUGGUAGAUGGCUUAAUUGUUCUGCUGCUUGAGCGUCUCUUAGAAACACCGAAGAGCCUCUGUUGUAGUGGCUGCUCCUAUGCCUGGUAAUAGGUAUAUUUGCAUACUGUAGUGCAAUGGUGUUAGUGUAUUUCGGGACUUGGGGUACUGAGAGCACCAAUUUCCUGGCUCAGCGAUUAGAGAGCCCUGCUGACCAGCCCUUCCUGAUGGAACUAGAAGAAAGCUCAAAACGUUCCAUGAAAACCAUUAGUGGCUUGGUGCUAACAAAGCUGUCGUUUCAUACUGACUCAAUUAUGUUGUACAAAUGUAAGGUGAUAUUUCUAGAACUGAUGCCUAUAUUAGGUUACACUUGUGUAUAUAUUUUGCAGUGUUUAACAAUACAAUAUGGAAAUAUGGCCUUAUUAGCCCUUCUACUUUCUCCACCGUGUAAAUAAGCAUUUGUUUAAUACAAGUGAAAGCUAUAUACUGAAAAGUCAAAACUUGAAUUCUAUCAAUUUAAGAUUUGUGUAGAGAAUUCUGAUAAAUGUGAAAGUAUUUAGCUCUGUGUAUUGAAAGUAGUAUAUUUUUAUCCGUGCAAUGCUGUGUGCAGGCCACCAGCUCAUAGAGAAGUUUCAUAUAUAUACAUUUUAUGUGUUUUGAAUAACUCUAUACUCAGGAUCUUUGACACUCUGAAGAAUUGGUAGUUUGUCAAUCUGCUUGCUUGUUUAAAAACAGAAGGUGUAAAAAAAAAAAAAAAAAAAAACCAGCCCAAGUCCGCAGCUCAGUGGUAUCCGUUUUAGUGGUAUAUCUGAGCUGUUCCCAUGCUCCCUAAUUUCAUUAAAGUAUUUGAUUUUGUAUUUAAA